AUGAGCAUGUUUGAGACAAUUACUAUCCCGCAAGUCGGGUUCACUUACAGCUUGCCCAUUGGCCUCUUUAUCAACAACAAGUACGUCGCUUCGAAGGAUGGUAAGAAGAUAGAUACGGUCAAUCCAAGUACCGGUGAGAAGAUCACAUCAUUUUACGCUGCCAGUGAGGAGGAUGUGGACGAUGCGGUUAAAGCUGCUCGUGAAGCUUAUGAGAACGUUUGGUCGAUGAUGGCGGCCGAGGAGAGAGGACUCUUGUUGUAUAAGUUGGCCGACCUAAUCGAACGUGACAAGUAUAAGCUUGCUGCAUUGGAGACACUCGAUUCGGGGAAGCCAUAUCAUUCGAACGCCGUCAACGAUUUGCAGCAGAUUAUUCAGCUUACUCGCUACUUUGCUGGAUCAGCAGACAAGUACACCAAGGGUGAGACCAUUCCACUGAAUCAUGAUAAGUACGCAAUGACUUUCAAGGUUCCUUACGGUGUGGUAGGCCAGGUGAUACCAUGGAAUUAUCCUCUUGCUAUGGCAAGUUGGAAGAUUCAGGGCUGUCUUGCCGCUGGUAACACGAUCGUCAUCAAGCCCGCAGAAAACACUUCGAUAUCUUUACUUUAUAUGGCCCAGCUGUUUGUGGAAGCAGGCUUCCCACCUGGAGUGUUGAACGUCGUCCCCGGCCUUGGAGCUACUGCUGGCACUGCGCUGGCUGCUCAUCCUGACGUCAACAAGAUAGCCUUUACUGGAAGUACUCAGGUUGGCCAAAAGAUAAUGGAAUUGGCGGGCAAAUCAAAUCUGAAGGCAGUCACCUUGGAGUGCGGUGGAAAGUCACCUGCUGUUGUUUUCGCAGACGCUGCGUUGGAUAAUGCAGUGGAAUGGAUCGCUAAUGGCAUUUAUUACAAUUCUGGCCAAAACUGCACUGCAAACUCGCGGGUAUAUAUCCAAGAGAGAGUUUAUGAUGAGUUCAUAUCCAAGUUCAGGGUUUUUGUGCGGAAAAUGUGGACCUUUGGAGAGAAGUUAGAUCCCUUUGACGAGAAAUGCACCGUCGGACCUGUCAUCUCAGAAACUCAGUAUUUGAGAAUCUUGUCAUAUCUUGAGCAUGGUCAGAAUGAGGAGAGACUCAAAAUGGAGACGGUGGGAGAUUUUCAAAAGGACUCAAGGGGAUAUUUCCUCCCCCCACUAUAUUUCCUUGAUGUGCCACAGUCUUCGAAGUUGAACCAAGAAGAAAUCUUUGGACCAGUGGCUGUUUUCUCAAAGUUCAAGGAUUACGAAGAAGCCAUCAAACUGGCCAACGAUACAAUGUACGGUUUGGCGGCCGCGGUUUUCUCUGAGAAUGUGAGGACAGUAAACCAGUUCGUCCGCGACAUUAAAGCAGGGACUGUUUGGGUCAAUUCCUCGAAUGAUGAAGAGAUAUCAGUGCCUUUUGGCGGCUUUAAAAUGAGCGGGAUAGGUCGUGAACUGGGCCAGAGCGGAGUGGAUUCUUAUGCGCAGCUAAAAGCUGCCCAUAUCAAUCUAUCCAACUACACAUGA